AUUAAGACAAAAUUUCAACAAAAAACUUGUACCUGUACGGAAACUUUAAUAAAAUUGGGUGUGUGGUCAAGGCUGUUUUUGCGAUAUAAAAAGACAAACGUAUACCAUAACGGCAUCAGUUGAUCAAAUCGACGAUACUAACCAACCACCAUGAAAUCCUUCGCUGUUGUUGCCCUUUUCGCCCUUUUGGCUUGCGCCAACGCUCAGAUCUUUUCUUCUGGCAAAAUCCUCCAAGGACCUAGCAGUAGAGCCACGGUAGUUGGGCCAGAUGGUAGCGCCAUCCACUCUGUAGCUCCUGGUGGUAGUGUUGUCGCCGAACAUCAUUCUGGCGUUGUCGCCCAUACCGCCCCUAUUGUUGCCCAUGCCCCAGUAGUCGCACACACCGCCUAUGCUGCCCCUGCCGUAGUUGCCCAUCACGCCCCCCUUGCUUAUGCCCAUCAUGGCCUCUACGCCCAUCAUGGUUAUUAUUUCUAAUUUAUUAUUUCGUAGUCAUUUCAAUAAAAUACUUUUGAAAUAUCA